GAACCUUGCGCUGAGCCUAUGCAAGGCAGGGGUGCCGAGCCAGACACAGCGUACCGUAAGGUGUAAGAUACAGAUGCAGGGACAAGAUGUGUGUCAUAGCGUGUGUUGCGCUAAGCUUCUUUGACGGACCUGGCGUAAUGGGCGGAAGAGAAAUUACAGGAGCUUUUUUGUAAUGUAGAAGUGUCGGAGACGCCACAGAAUUCUCGAGUCAGCUUGCCAACGUGCACAACCUUCUGGCCGGGCGUAAGGCGCAUAUUCAUGCAAAUUUCAUAGGCGUGCCUUCGGGCGAUGGGUGACAGGCGGAACUCCAGUGAGUCUGUGACACAAACCAGUUCAAUACAAAUGAUCAGCAGAAGUACACUUCGCUCGCACUGUAGAAACGGCUCGGGGGAUACUUCACACUCACCAGACUGAGAAAAGCGUCGGGGAACGGAAAAGUGAGCCGCCGGAGAGGACCUACUCUCGCUUCGCCAACACCUUAUCAAGGCUGCAGUCAGACGCCUGCAAUCCGCAACACCUCAGCAAGUUUAGUAACUCAACGAAAUUUGCAUUGAUGUAAUUGAUUUUUCUCUGCGCCAUCGAGAACGUACGAAGCAACAAAUUUAUCAGGCUUCUGUCUACCAAUGCAGAAAAUUAAAGCAGGCUGACACUUCUUCAGAUUACCUCAACUAACAUCAAAGAAGAUAUUUUCAGGCGAUUUUGUUUUUGCAUUUUUGUUUUUCAGAUAUAACGCUUUACGAUGGCCGAUGACGAUAUUAUUUUAGAGAAGAGUGAUACUACUGUCAGUAGUUGCAAUUUUAGCGUUCUGAGCUGGGAGCAAGUGCAGCGGUUGGACAGCAUCUUAACGGAGACCAUACCCAUCCACGGUCGGGGAAACUUCCCUACUCUGCAGAUGAAGCCCCGAGAAAUUGUUAAAGUGGUUCGAAGUCGCAUGGAAGAGAGAAUGAUAAACGUGCGAGACGUGCGCUUAAAUGGCUCUGCAGCGAGCCACGUCCUGCACGAAGACACUGGACUCGGGUACAAGGACUUAGAUCUGAUAUUUUGUGCUGACCUAAAAAGCGAGACGGAAUUUCAAAUAGUCAAGGAUAUAGUUUUGGACUGUCUUCUUGACUUUUUACCUGAUGGAGUGAACAAGGAGAAAAUAUCACCACUGACCUUAAAGGAGGCCUAUGUGCAGAAGAUGGUGAAGGUGUGCAAUGACUCUGACCGGUGGAGCCUUAUCUCGCUGUCUAACAACCGUGGCAAAAACGUGGAGCUGAAGUUUGUGGACUCCCUGAGGCGGCAGUUUGAAUUCAGUGUGGACUCCUUCCAGAUCAAGCUAGACUCGCUGCUGCUGUUCUACGAGUGCUCCGAGAACCCCAUGGCCCAAACGUUCCACCCCACCAUCAUCGGCGAGAGCGUCUUCGGCGACUUCAGCGGCGCCCUGGACCACCUGCGCCACAAGGUGAUCUGCACCCGCAACCCCGAGGAGAUCCGUGGCGGCGGGCUGCUGAAGUACUGCCACCUGCUGGUGCGCGACUUCCGCGCCGACUCAGAGACCGAGAUGAAGUCCCUGCAGCGCUACAUGUGCUCACGUUUCUUCAUCGACUUCUCAGACAUCGGGGAGCAGCAGCGCAAGCUGGAGUCCUACCUGCAGAACCACUUUGUGGGAUUGGAGGACCGCAAGUAUGACUACCUGAUGACCCUGUACGGGGUGGUCGACGAGAGUACGGUGUGCCUGAUGGGACACGAGAGGCGGCAAACUCUGGGGCUCAUAGCCAUGUUGGCUGUGCGUGUGAUGGCUGAGCAGAAUGUCAUCCCCAACGUGGCCAACGUUACCUGCUAUUACCAGCCUGCUCCCUACGUGGCAGAUGCCAACUUCAGCAACUACUACAUCGCCCAGGUGCAGCCAAUGUUCCCGUGCCAGCAGCAUGCCUACUCUACCUGGCUGCCCUGCAACUGAAGGUACGA